AUGGCUCUUGAUGCAAAUGUUGCCAUUGAAGAUGUCUCCUCGAGAGGUGUCUCUGUGGAUCCUACAAAAAGAAGACAUGAAGUUGUGAAAAAAGUGAUACUAAACGGUAAAGAAGGGUCUUUAGAUGAUGGAUUUACCUGGAGAAAAUAUGGGCAAAAGGAUAUACUAGGAGCCAAGUUUCCAAGGGGGACUAAGGUUGCCAUGCCAAAGAGAAAAGGAAGAGGACGACCAAAAGGGUCCAGGGUUCAGAAGAAGGUUAAAGAGAGUCAAGAUGGUGAAUUGGUCAUACCAAAUACUCCCUUGAAUGUGGUGAAAGCUGAUCCUGACUUUAUUGAGGAACAGGAGGGAGGUACCAGUAUGCCAAAGAAAAAAGGACGGGGACGACCAAAAGGAUCACAAGCUCAGAAUUGUCAAGAGAGUGGGCACAGCAACUUGAAUAAUCGCAUUCAUCCAUCUGAUAUGCUUGAAGUUGGUUUUGACUGUGAAGAACUUGAAGAUGCAGAUACAGUUAUGCCCAACAGAAAUGGACAAGAACAAUCAAAAGGGUCGGGGCAGUUCUGUCAAGAGAAUGCUGAUUGUGAGAACUUCUAUAACAAUCCAUCAAAUAUAAUGGAAGUCAGUCUCCGAUGUAAGGAGGAGCAGGAAACUGAUACAAUAGUCAAGCCUAAUAAAAAAAAGGGAAGAGGACAGACAAGAGGAUUGUCACUUCAAAUGAAGCGUCAACAGAGUGCAGAUGGAAAGUUGGAUGUUAUCAUUCAUCCUACAAAGUUGGUGGCAGUGGGUCCAGGCCGCAAUGAUUUCAUUACUGAUCUGUCUCUUAUUGUACGCCAGAAUGCACGUCUUAAUGUGCGCCAGUGGAAGAAGGUUCCGCAAAGUACUAGGGAUACAAUAGUGCAAAAUAUUCUGAAUAAUUGGAGACUUCCAGAUACGGAUAUGGUACGGAAGGCUAUUCUACAUGAAGCAGGCCGUUUAUAUCAGAAUUGGCGCUCCAGGCUUCGUGAUUACUACUUAAAAUUCGAGACAAAGGAAGAGGCCUUGAAGCAUGUCCCUGAUGAUAUCAAUGAUUCUGAUUGGCAAUUCUUGGUUGAUUAUUUUAGCAGCCCGUAUUUUGAGAUAAUGAGUGCAAAAAACAAGGCAAAUAAGGCAAAACAGCGUACAAAACAUACUACUGGGUCAAAAUCCUUUAUGGCAAUCAGCUAUGAUGCACGUGAUCCAGUGACGGGAAUGGAGCCCGAUAUGCAAACUUUUUGGCAGUUGACACACAGAAAGGAAAAUGGGGAAUGGAUUGACGAAGCAUCUAAGGAAAUCAAUGACAAAGUUGCUGAACAAAUUAAUGAGAAAAGAUGCCAAAUAGAGGAAGUGGGGGAAACAAAUGAAGAAGAAAUAAUUAAUACUGCCUUCAAGACAUUGGUUGGAAAGAGAUCAUAUAUGCAAGGUGUUGGUCCUUUCGGAGCAGGACUAAGGUCAUCAUCAUCAAGUUCCAGUAAAAUUCAACAGCUGCAGGCUGAAUUAGAUGCCCAGAAGAGAGAGACAGAGAAUGCUAGGAAAGAAUGCGAUGAAAUAAGAGCUAGACUUGUUAUGGUUGAGUCCUACCUAGAGGAUGAGCGGCAGAAACGCACAGAGAUAGAGGGUCAUCUCUUGGAUCGUCAAAAUGAGAUGCAGGAGAUCAGCUGUCAGGUUCAAACCACCAUCCAGGCUGCAUUGUCUCAGUAUCUUCCUCCAAAAAGCGAGGCAGAGACCUCAACAAAGAAUAAAAGAAAGAUCGCAGAACUGGAAGCACAACUGAAUGAGGCAGAGGAUGUGAUAACAGAUAUUAGAUCAGAAUUGGUAAACACUGUUGCCGUGGCUUUCAAGAUAAUGUCUGAGAUUGAACUUGUGGGUCCUCUUGUUGGAGACAUGAGACCACUUGGGGUUGGAACAGUAUAUGCUAAAAUUUUAUCUAAAUUUGCAUCUUCCAAAAAUCUAGAGGACAAUUAUGGAAUUUUGGUCAAAGAUAUGGAGAUGCUACAAGCAAUAAAGAAGGAUAAAGAGAUGGAGGCUCAAAGAAACAAACACAGAGAUACCACUAAUGCCUACAAACUGUGGAGAAACAGGGUAUCAGAUGUCACAGAAGAAGUGCAGAAGCUGAAAGUUAAAUAUGAAGAGAACAUGUUACCCUGGUGGCUCCUUCAACGACGUUCCAGUCUGAGUGAAGAGAUGGAGAAGAAGUGCAACUGUGUUCGUGAACUUAUGAAGGAUGAAUGUUUAAGAGAUUUUCUUGUUGAUAAACCACCUGAGCCUGUAUUAAGGGAGUUGAAUGUUCCACAGAUAAGUGGAUAUCCAACCCUUCAAGGCGCCUUGGAUAAUAUCCUAGGUUUGCUAAAAAAUAAUAAGGUCAAAGUCAUUGGAGUGUGUGGUACAAAAGGAGUGGGGAAAACAACAAUAAUGCGGAACCUAAACAACAAUGAAGAGGUAGCUAGACUCUUUGAAAUUGUCAUUUUUGUGAAAGUUACAGCUGAGAAUCAUAAGCUUCAAGAGAAGAUUGCUCAUCGGUUGAUACUGGAGAAAGAAACCAACAAGGAGCAUAGUGAUGAUAUUGCAAGAAGAAUACACAAAGAACUAGAGAAGAAGAAGUAUCUAUUGAUUUUGGAUGAGGUUGAGGAUGCCAUCAAUUUGGAGCAGUUGGGUAUCCCAAGAGAUAAUAACAAUGACAGUAAGGUGGUGAUUGCCACUCGAUUCCCUAUGGUUUAUAAGUUGAAUAGGGUGCAGAGGGUCAUCAAAGUCAUGGAGCUAUCUCCCGAGGAAGCAUGGAAGAUGUUUAGAGAUACUGUCCAUGCCUUUAAUCCUAAGAUUGAUUCCCCUGACAUUCAGCCUACAGCAAAACUUGUAUGCAAAAGAUGCUCUCGUCUUCCACUUCUCAUUUACAAUAUAGCAAACUCUUUCAAAUUGAAAGAGUCUGCUUCUAGUUGGUGGGCAGGGCUUGAAGAUCUUAAACCAUGGCCAGAACUUCAAACUCAAGGGUUAGAAGAGUUGUACUCAUGUCUGAAAUUUUGUUAUGAUGAACUCAAUGAUAAAAUGAAGCAGAAAUGUUUCCUAUACACUUCACUGUAUCCUGCAGAUAGCAAGGUUUACUCAGAUUACUUAGUGGAGUGUUGGGCAGCGCAAGGUUUACUUGGUGAUAUCAAUGACAAAAGGUCGUAUCAAAGAGCACGAAAUUGUGGUAUUGACAUAUUAGAGCAUCUUGCUAAUGUCUCUCUAUUAGAGAAAGGGGAAGCAAUGAUGUAUGUCAACAUGAAUCAUUGCAUGAGACAACUUGCAUUACACAUAUCCUCUAAAGAUCCAGAGUGUAGCUUUUAUCUCCAAGAUGGUGACGAAUCUGAAAAUCUCUCAAAUUCAAGAGCUUGGCAGCAGGCUAGGUGGGUCUCUCUGAGACAACUACUUGAUUUACCAACAAGCCAAGAUUGCAGCAUGAUUUUGACAUUGUUGCUGAGAAAAAAUUCAAAACUAACUUCACUACCAGAGAGUUUCUUUGAGAACAUGAGCAGUCUACUUCUGUUAGACUUGUAUAGUAGCAUGAUUACACAACUGCCAUCAUCUCUCUCAAACUUGACUGGUCUACGGGGUUUAUUCUUGAACAGGUGCGAGCUAAUGGAGUCACUAUCAUCUGAAAUAGGAUUACUUCAAUUUCUAGAGGUCCUUGACAUACGAGAUACUAAAGUAACUUUCAUACCUCUUCAAAUUGGAUGUUUGACUAAUCUAAGAUGCCUGCGAAUCCCAUUCAUUGCAAGUGAAGAUAAUGAAGCUCAAAAUGUUCAUGUGAUUUCAAAGCUUCAUAGAUUGGAAGAAUUAACUAUUCAAGUCAUAUCCUAUGAACAGUGGUGCAAUGAUGCAAAAAAUGUUCUGCAACAUGUGGCUUCUUUGGAAAAUGUAACUCAUCUCAGAUGUUGUUUUCCCUCCUCAAUCAUUCUUGGAGAAUUUCUUUCAAGAAGUAAAUCAUGGCAUAAACAGCAGAAUUCAUUUAGAUUUUUUGUAGGAUGCGAGAACUCAAGGCGACCUCAAAUACUUGAAUCUUUUGAAUAUAAAAUUACUAAUUAUUUGAGGUACUGCAAUGGUGGACAGAAGGAUGACUCGGCAAUUAUUGAGGUACUACCAAGAACUGAUGCAUUUGAAUUAGUUUGCCACAAAGAUAUCAAGGAAUUGUCAAAUUUUGCUAGCAUAGUGUGUUUGGAACGCAUUCGCGGUCUUUUGAUUAAAAAAUGCAACAAAGUUUUGACUAUUGUGUCUGGUGAAACAAGUAGCAAUGCCAUGAAUGGAAUGAAAAUAGAAACAAGAGUCAUCUUACCAAAUUUGGAGCAACUUUAUUUGGAAAACUUGCUCAAUUUAAAAUGUGCUUUUAGAGGUCCUUUGCACAGUGGAACCUUUUCCAAAUUACAAACUGUGUCAUUGAAAAAUUGUCCAACACUGAGUGAAAUCUUCAGUAAUGGAGCAAUUGAACAUUUUUCAGAACUUCAGAAGCUGAAACUUGAAGAUUGCUCAAAAAUUGAAAAACUUAUCACAGAAAACAUUGAAAGAGAAAGGGAUGUGCUUCCAAAACUAGAAAUGCUUCUACUAGUUAACUUGCCUAAAUUCAAAACUAUUUGCUCAGUUCAUACAUCGGCUUGGUCCUCUUUGGAGCUGUUAAGGAUACAUAAUUGUCCAGAGUUGAAAACUUUACCACUAGACAGUGGCAAUGCAGUCAACUUAAAGUCCGUUAAAGGGCAGCAAGAGUGGUGGGCUGAGUUGGAUUGGACAAACAAUGAAGAGGUGUAUCAAAGAUUGCAACCCAUAUUUGUUGCCUCCAAUGAGUAUUUUUCUUAA